AUGCCAAACUUGGACAAUCACAUCAUUAAUGAGAAUGAGAAUGUGAACCUCAAUGUCAAUAUUAAUACCACCCCAGAAUCUGGAACUCACAAUGUGGUGCAACCAAAUUCACAGAUACCUUAUAGUUUGGGAGGCUCAGAAGGACUUGCAAGGGGGUUUAAGCCUAGACAGUCACCUAGGCUUGCUGCAAAAUCUGGCACAAGCACUCAGAAUAGCGAAAACGACGAUAAGGUGGUGUCGUUCGCUAAGAUCUUGACUCCUUCCGAAGCCAACAAUGGCGGCGGUUUCUCCGUCCCGAGGUUCUGCGCUGACUCAAUUUUCCCGCCGCUCAACUACCAGGCCGAGCCGCCGGUCCAGACGCUCUCCGUCACCGACCUCCACGGCGUCGUUUGGGACUUCCGCCACAUCUACCGCGGCACUCCACGGCGGCAUUUGCUCACCACCGGCUGGAGCAAGUUCGUCAAUAGCAAGAUGCUAGUCGCCGGCGACUCUGUGGUGUUUAUGAGAAGCUCCAGAGGCGGAGAGAUGUACGUCGGGGUGAGGCGCACCGUGAGGGCGAGCCCCGGCGGCUAUUGCAGCAGGUGGAGUCUCACAUUGGCCUGA